UCCAGGUAUUUACCUGCUAAGCCUCUGCCAUGGAAGGAGGUCAAGAGGAGAGGACAAACAGAAGAGAUCGAAGCGAAGAGGAACAACAACUCUGGACGGUGUCUCGAUUACUUCUCUCACCUUGUGGGGGACACAAAAAGUAUGUCCAAGGCAGUAGAAAGAACUUCUUCUACAACUUCUGCAGACUCCACUUCAACAGAUGGCAAAAGCGGAACAGCCUCAUCUCAGGGGUCUCCAUCAGGCUCGGUAUCAGAGACGCCAAAAAAAUCCUCCAAAAAGUCCAAGAAAAACACAGACAGCAUGAACAAAGUCUACAAUUCUGUGCUCAACAGUGUUUUUGGAGCUGACAGAGAAUUAGCACAAGGUGAAUUAGAUGAGCUGCAAGAGGCCUUCAAAGAAUUUGACUAUGACCAAGAUGGCUACCUGAACUACAAGGAUGUGGCAGAGUGCAUGAGGACCAUGGGAUACAUGCCCACAGAGAUGGAGCUGCUGGAGAUAGUGCAGCAGAUCAAAAUGAGGAUGGGCGGGUUAAUGGACUUUGAGGACUUUAUUGAACUGAUGGGACCCAGAAUGAUGGGGGAGACUGCAGACAUGCUGGGACUCAAAGAGAUCCAGUCAGCCUUCCUACAAUUUGACCUGGAUGGAGACGGGAAGAUUACCCAGGAUGAGAUGAAGGAGGCAAUCAAGUCCCUACUGGGUGAGAAGCUGAAGAAAGGAGAGCUGGAGGAGAUUCUCAAGGAGUUGGACAUAAAUGCAGACGGAAACAUUGACUUUGAAGAGUUUGUCAUGAUGCUCUCCAUCCGUUAGUGUCCAGAGGCCAGCACUCCUGUAACCUCAACCAUUGCACACACAGUAAAUACAUGUUAAUUGCAACUUCUGUUUGUAGCGCAAGAUGCAAUAUACGGUGUGCCUAAUUAUGAAGGAAUGAUAAAAUGGAAAUAAAUCAAACUGAUGUGUAAAAAAAAAAGUGCAUAACAUGUUUUAUUUUAAUAAAGAAAUUCAAACCGU